AGUGCAAUGGCGGCGCCAUCAACGCGCGGGGGGGCAAUGGCGGCCCGGCCAUGGUUGCACCUUCUCGUCGCCGCCGCCGCCGCCGCCGUGCUUCGCGUUCACGGCCAGGGCGCGCCUGACAGCACAGGGUUCAUCAGCAUCGACUGCGGCAUCCCGGAGAAGAGCAGCUACGUGGACGGCGCCACCAGGCUGCCCUACGUCUCGGACGCCGGCUUCACCGACGCCGGCGCCAACCACAACGUCUCCGCCGAGUACAUCACCCCGUCCUUCUCCAAGCGCUACCUCAACGUGCGCAGCUUCCCCGGCGCGGCGCGCAGCUGCUACACGCUCGGCUCCCUCACGCCGGGGUCCAAGUACCUCCUCCGCGCCGUCUUCAUGUACGGCAACUACGACGGGCUCGGCCGCCCCCCGGCGUUCGACCUCCACCUCGGCGUCAACUUCUGGACGACGGUGAACGCCGGCGCCGGCUCCGCGGUGCUGGCCGAGGCCAUCGCCGUCGUCCCCGACGACUCCGUGCAGGUCUGCCUGGUGGACACCGGCGCCGGGACGCCGUUCAUCUCCGGGCUGGACCUGAGGCCCCUGGCGGGCGCGCUGUACCCGCAAGCGAACGCGACGCAGGGGCUGGCCCUGCUCGGCCGGCGCAACUUCGGGCCGGCCGACGCGACGCUGGUGGUCAGGUACCCGGACGACCCGUACGACCGCGCGUGGACCCCGUGGGUCGACCCGGCGGACUGGUUGGAGAUCUCGACGACGGAGCAGGUGGGCGGCUCGCCCAUGGCGGCGCCGUCCGCCGUGAUGCAGACCGCGAUCACGCCCCUCAACGCCUCCAAGAUCAUCGAGUUCUCGUGGGACGCCGUGCUGAACCACGCCUAUCCCACGCCCAGGUGUCAAACUACUCUGGUACAGGGCAGGGCACUGCGUGUUCUCCUCCAUUGCUGCCUGAGCUCUUUGUGCUUGUGCAGGUACAUCUGCAUCUUCCAUUUCGCGGAGCUGCAGAGUCUGGACGCGAACGCGACGCGCCAGUUCUACAUCACGAUCAAUGGCAAGCCCUUCUACCGUCUCCCGAUAACGCCCGACCACCUCUUCACCAACAUCGUCUACGACAAGGUGCCCCGCUGGGGCUUCAACCAGUACAACGUCACGUUGAACGCCACGGCCAACUCGACGCUGCCGCCGGUCAUCAACGCCGCCGAGAUUUUCUCGGUCAUCUCUACAGCAAGCGUUGGCACGUACGCACAGGAUGUUUCUGCAAUUACGGCGAUCAAGGCCAACUAUCAGCUAAAGAAGAAUUGGAUGGGUGACCCCUGCGUUCCGAACACUCUUGCGUGGGAUGGGUUGAGCUGCAGCAAUGACACUUCCGGUCCUCCUAGAAUCACAAAUGUAAAUCUUUCGUACAGUGGCUUGAGUGGUGCUAUAACAUUGUACUUCUCCAAACUCACAAGAAUAGAGUACUUGGAUUUGUCGCACAAUAACUUGACAGGCUCAAUUCCUGACGUCCUUUCACAACUAUCCUCUCUAAAGGUUAUAGAUUUGACAGGCAAUCACCUUAAUGGAUCGAUUCCGUCUGGACUUCUGAAAAAGAUUCAAGAUAGCUCCCUAAAGCUGAGGUAUGGAGACAAUCCAAACCUUUGCAGCAACGGCGAUUCUUGCCAGCUCACAAGAAAGAAGAGCACUGCCGUAUAUAUUGCUGUUCCAGUAGUGGCAUUUGUGGUGGUUGCAACACUAGUACUACUGCUCUGCUUACUAAGAAGAAAGAAAGAGAGCAGCGUGAAGCCACAAAACGAGGUGGCCGACGCGCGGCCACGCUCACAGAACGGCGGCAACGGACACGGGCUGCCCCAGCUGGAGAACCGUCGGUUCACCUACAAGGAGCUAGAGUCCAUCACGGACAACUUCAAGCGAGUCCUGGGCCGAGGAGGUUUCGGGUCAGUCUACGAUGGCUUCUUGGAGGAUGGCACCCAGGUUGCAGUCAAGCUGCGGUCUGAGUCUUCCAAUCAAGGUGUCAGAGAGUUCCUGACAAAGGCUCAGACCUUGACAAAGAUCCAUCACAAGAAUCUUGUCUCCUUGAUCGGUUACUGCAAGGAUGGAGAGUAUUUGGCACUUGUCUACGAGUAUAUGUCCGAAGGAACCCUGGAAGACAAACUUAGAGGGAAAGAUGGCAAGGCUGGAUCUCUCACCUGGAGACAGAGGCUUCGCAUCGCACUGGAGUCUGCACAAGGGCUCGAGUAUCUGCACAAGGCGUGCAGCCCAGCUUUCGUCCACAGGGACGUGAGGACGUCCAACAUCCUGCUGAACGCGAACCUCGAGGCCAAGAUCGCCGAUUUCGGCCUGCUCAAGGCCUUCCGGCGCGAGGGCGACACCCACGUGUCCACGGACAGGGUGGUCGGCACGCACGGCUACCUCGCCCCCGAGUACGCGGCGGCGCUGCAGCUGACGGAGAAAAGCGACGUGUACAGCUUCGGCGUGGUGCUGCUGGAGGUGAUCACGGGGCGGCCGCCGAUCCUGCGGUGCCCGGAGCCGACCAGCGUCGUGCAGUGGGCGCGGCAAAGCCUGGCGCGCGGGGACAUCGAGGACGUGGUGGACGCGGGCCUGCCGCGCGGCGGCUACGACGCCAACGCCGCGUGGAAGGCCGCCGACGUCGCGCUCAAGUGCACCGCGCAGGCGCCCGCGCAGCGGCCCACCAUGACCGACGUCGUGGCGCAGCUGCACGAGUGCCUCGAGCUCGAGGAAGGCCGCCGCUUACCCUUUUCUUGCAGACGAAAGGCGGAGCAGCGCUAGGCUGCGCCUUUUUCGGAGCUGCCUCAUGACAUUAUUCUUGAAGUUCCUUUGGUGACGUUGUUUUGUAAGAUGAUGAAGUGGAAUACAAAUGUUUUUCUCAUCAGACGUGUUUACUCUUUUCUUUUUCGAACUGAAACGUC